AACGCUUGUGCUUUUCGUAAUUGGGAGUCUCCAAGUUUUGAUUCAAUUUAUUAGAAUGAUUGCUACUAUCUGCUUGAUGAAUGGAAUGUGAAGAUUAUAUAAAACAGUAGGAUUUUCAGUUUGUAUGCCCGUCCAGUAACUAAGUUUUUACAGGUUUCAUGAUAGAGUAAUUGUGCCAAUGUGUUAUACUUUCUAAUUACUUUUGCAGUGCCAUUUAAUUGUUAAAUUUUCUAUUGGGCAUGCUUCUCAUAUCCAAGGCAUGGAGAACUCCAAGGAGUUUGCUGACAAGCUGUUCGGGAUAUGUCGAGGCAGAGGAACAUUGAGACGGAUGAAGGCAUUAACAAGGACCGGCUCAGAGAGGUGGAACAUGAACAUUGUUGGGAUGCUCACAGAAGAUAAGGUUAAGAAGGUGGCUACGCAAAUGAUCACAGAGAAGACUACUGCUGGGCCUUUUGAUCGACCAUGCGAUUCAAAAAGCUCUUUAGUGCAGUUUGCAACAACAAAAAUCAGAGGAUUGGUCGUUUGUAAGGGUGGAUAUCUCAGAGGUGGCUGCCACCCGGAUUGGAAUUUAAUUCAAUCUAUUUCCCUGUCUGAAGUUUCAUACUAGAUGUAUGUUCCUGUGAUAUGAUUUGUUUAUGGAGAUGGAGAGAUGUGACUUUCAGAGUGACAUAAAUUCAGAGUCCUUCUAUUGAAAUCUAGAGGAUCGGUUGCAUUUUUGUUGAGGUACUAGAAGAACUUUGUUUUGUGUUAACAAUGGUGUCCUUUUGUGCAUUGA